AUGUAUCUAUAUCUGUCUAGUUAUGGAAGAGCCAAACAGAGAUACGCUAGUGGUAGGGCCGAUGACAAACUCACCCCUUCUCUUCACCUUGCUUCUGCUGCUGAAGCUGGUGCCUUGGUCUGUUUAUGCACUAAUCCUAUUUGGCUUGUCAAGACAAGACUACAGCUUCAGACACCUCUUCAUCAUCAUACUCGACCCUACUCUGGCCUAUUAGAUGCCUUUAGAACCAUAAUGAAAGAGGAAGGACCCAGGGCGCUCUACAAGGGUAUUCUCCCUGCUCUUGUACUGGUUUCUCAUGGUGCUAUUCAAUUCACAGCGUAUGAAGAACUCCGUAAAGUUAUUGUCGAUUUUAAAGAAAGUAGAAGAAAAUCGGAAACAGCCGCUGAUAACUUAUUGAACUCGGCAGAUUAUGCUGCACUUGGCGGCGGCUCCAAAGUCGCUGCAGUUCUUCUUACAUAUCCGUUUCAGGUUAUUCGAGCAAGAUUACAGCAACGACCUAAUACCAACGGAAUGCCAAGAUAUAUAGACAGCUUGCAUGUCAUAAGAGAAACCGCGAGAUUCGAGGGUCUCAGAGGUUUCUACAAGGGUUUAACUGCUAAUCUUUUGAAAAAUGUGCCUGCUUCCUCCAUCACAUUCAUCGUGUAUGAAAACGUUCUGAAGUUGCUGAAACAACAUCCAACGAAAUAAAACAACACAAGGAUCAAGUUUACAGUAGCUUUAAAGACAACUUCCUCCUCUUUCUUUUAGAGACUAUGUUGGAAGUUACUGUGACAUUCAUCCAAGUUUCUCCAAGAACCAAGAGGGAACACCAAGCGCUCGAAAAGGAUUCUGACCACCAGAAAAGUCCUAAACCUUUGUCCUAAUAGACCAAGAAAACUGGUAGACUAGAAGAAGUAAGACUUAUCAUUGUUUUUUGUACUUGCUAUUCU